UUUUACGAUCUGCUUUUAGAAACCAACAGCACAACGGUUUGAUGAGGGCUAAAAUUAGGCAUUUGAAAACGACUUUUUUAUCUGCGCUCAAGUGGAAAGGCCACACUGGUGCAGACUUACUUGAAAGUGGUGAUCCUCAUAGUGUGGAAGAAUACAUAAAAAUAAUAUGUCCUUUUUAUGAAGACAUUCACGUGAUAUUUGGACGUCGCAUAAAUGUUCAGCCACCAGCGAUUUAUCAAUCAACAGAGUUGGUGUCAGCGUUGGACGAUACAUAUAUAGAAUAUAUUACCCCAGAGAUAGACCCCGAAACAAGUUCUUCGAGUCCGUCCGUUAUUAUGUAUCCGUCUGCAGAUGAAGUAGUUAGUCCGUCCGCUAAUUUUGCACGCACAUCUACACCAAGAAGAAAUAUGAAAAGAUCUCAUAGCAAUUCAAAUCCAUUUUCAUUACUUUUCGAAAUCCAAAAUAAGAAGUUGGAACUAGAAACGAAAAAAUUGGAAUUUGAAAAAGAGAGAGAGGAAAACAAUUUUCAAAUGCAAAAAUUACGGUUGGAGAAAGAAAUGGAAGUAGAAAUGGAAAAAGUCAGAUUGGAACGCAAACGAUUGAAAAGCUUAAACAGCUCAUAA